UCAGUUAAAUGUUGAAGGAAACUCUACUCCUUUUGUUUAGCAAGAAGUUCCAUGUACACUAUUAGGCGAAUGUACCGUGAACACACCUUGACCUGUUACUAUAGAAACGAAACAUAACCCGGAAUAGCGGCUAAAGUAUGUUAGCUGAAAACAUGUAGACGUGCAGACUUUUACAUACUUGUCAAAAUGGAGGAUCGCUACGCCUUUCUUACUGAGUGGUAUGACCCCACUGCAGCACUCCUUCGGCGCUACCAACUGUUCUACUACCCCAAAGAUGGCUCAGUGGAAAUGUUUGAUGUAAAAAACCAGCGAAUAUUUUUGAGAAGGACCAAAUAUGAAGACCUCCAUCCAGAGGACUUGUUCGUUGGGAAUCGAGUGAAUGUGUUCUCCAGACAACUUAAUCUGAUUGACUAUGGAGAUCAGUACACAGCAAACAAACUUGGCAGCAAAAAAGAAAGAACUCUCGCUCUGAUAAAGCCAGAUGUAGUUACUAAGAUUGGAGAUGUCCUUGAAUUGAUAUACUCCUCCAACUUGAUUGUGACCAAAGCCAAAAUGACAAAGCUUACAUGGAGUCAAGCGGCAGACUUCUAUGCAGAACAUCAGUCAAAGCCUUACUUCAGUAAUCACGUGCAGUUUGUGUCCUCGGGCCCAGUGGUUGCCAUGGAGCUGAUGGGUGAUGAGGCUAUGUCUAUCUGGAGGAGGCUCCUGGGACCUGCAGACUCUGCUGUGGCGCGGAAGGAGGCACCGCAGAGUGUCCGUGCCCAGUUUGGAACAGAUGGCAUCAAAAAUGUUGGACAUGGCUCUGACUCACUUGCUGCGGCAGCAAGAGAGCUUGAAUUUUUUUUCCCAUCCACAAUUGGCAACGGCCCCUCUAAUACGGCCAUUUAUACAGAUUGCACAUGUUGCAUCAUCAAACCUCAUGCCAUAUCAGAAGGUCUGACUGGGAAGAUCCUGAACUCCAUAUCUGCUGCUGGAUUUGAAAUCUCAGCCCUUCAGAUGUUCAACGUGGACCGGGCAAAUGCAGAAGAAUUCUAUGAAGUUUACAAAGGUGUUGUCACAGAAUAUCCGAGUAUGGUGACUGAGCUGUGUUCUGGACCCUGCAUGGCUCUGGAGAUUCAUGGCACCGACACACCACAGUCAUUCAGGGAAUUCUGUGGGCCCGCUGAUCCAGAAAUAGCGCGGCAUCUUCGUCCAACCACACUGCGUGCCCUUUAUGGCAAAGACAAAGUGAAAAACGCAGUCCAUUGUACAGACCUCCCUGAAGACGGUGUUCUCGAGGUACAGUAUUUCUUUAAGAUUUUGGACGGGUGAAUGCAAAGGAGAAAACGCCUAACUACAUAUUCAAAGACUUCACAAUUGUCUCAUGUUUCUGUUUAUUGUUUCAGCCUUAUGCAGAUUAAAUAAAGUGACAAGAGCAGA